CUUCAAAGCUAUGUGUUCCUUUUUGAUAAUUACCAACAUUGAGACCAGUUCUCGUUCUCCUACGGUAACGACGUCACACUUUCAUUUGUACCUAGCCCCCGAGCGAUUAAGAAUUUUCAACGACGAUUAAUGAGGGUGCACAAUUACACUACGCAUUAGCCCGCAGAGAAGCGAAAUUCCCGAUUUCGACAAUUUUGAGUUUCCCUCCUUUUUCUUUCUUUCCCCCUUCUCGACAUUUCCCAAGCUCCUCUCCACUUUCCAUAUUCACGGCCACACUUUCACAAAUUGGGCAGAAUCCGACCAGCCAAAUCGCUGUCGAGAAAAUUUCCACAGGUGAGAUCGCACCUUCUUCUUUAAUUUGAGGGGAAUUUUCCCGCCAGCGGAACUUGUGCUUCGGUUCCUAAAUUCAAAUCUGGAUUUCUAUCUGUGAGUUUGUGUUUCAAUUCCGUUUUUUCCUACCACUCUAGGGUUCUCUCUCCGAGUGCCUACUUGGAUUCCCCGGAUCCAUUUUCUCGUUCUUAGUUGCCACCUCUUGCUUUAAUAGCUUUACCCCGUUCUGAAUUGUUCUCCGUCUCGAUGAAUUUCAGGCUGCUGCUGAAACUGAACUAGAGUUUCUUCUCCCAAGUUCUGUUGAUUUGGCUCAGUAUCAAACGCUUGGAACUGGGAUCUCACUAUUUCGCUGCGGAAGGAAACAAAGCGAGUUCUGGAUUCUGGGUGCGGAGGUGGGUUUAUUCUAACCCUGAGAUGCUGUGAUAUUCAGUUGUGCGGUUUUCGCAUCGUGAUUCUGCAAUCUCAAAGGCGUGAAGAAGUGGCUUGCUGGAUAGUCUGAGACUCCCCAGGGGAGAAAGAGUAGACACAAAUGGGGGAUUACUAUGACAUUGAUGACAUUCUUGCCGAAGAAGAUUUUGUGCCAGUUCAAUUCCACAAGGCAGUGAAUGGGGUGAAAAUUGAUGAAAGUUCAGAAAGAGGCUUUGUUGAACAAGAUUCAAAGGCAGAGCUGCCAUUUUGGCUUGCACGGGGUUUGCACUUGCAACAAGCCAUAUCAAUCAAAGUUCCUGCUUGUUUCAAUAGGAAUACAAGGUUAGAAAUUGAGGCUGAUGCUGGAUCUGUUGACUUAAGAUCUCGCUGCUCAUACUUCUAUGAGUUUGGAUGUAAAGUAGCACCAUAUUGCGACAAGAGCAUUGGACUAUUGGUCUCGUACGCGUUCAAAGCCCGGUACAAGGAGGUUCUGUACAAGGCACACACAAAAGCAUUUGCAGCAGCAUCCAAAAUCAUGACCUUUCUAACCAAAGAAGAAACCAAUUUGUAUGAAGCAGCUCAAUCCUCCAUGGCAGCCUUUAGGAAAUGGAGAAUGGGCGGUCCUAGAUUGCAGAGAGCUUCAAUUCUUGGAAGGAAAAGAAAACCAGCCGAGUAGAAAGAAAGCUUGUCCAAAACUCUAGACGAUCCUGAAUUCCUCGUCGGUAAAGAAAUGGCAAGGCCUGACAGUGUCGAAGCUACAGGCAGGUGAGCUCCAAUCUCCAUACACACCUGCUAGAUUCUUGACAGAACAAUAGCAGUAAUUUACAUCUCAAUUGUUUAUGAUCCCUUUCACUUUCAGUGUGUAUUUGUAGUACAUUCAAUCAGAAACAGAUGAAUAAAUGUCUAGAGCGGAGAUUUCUUAGAGUGUCUAUUAUUGGGCCAAGAGCAGCUAGCUCUACUAGACGAUGUAGGCCUAAGCAAUUAUGUCCGUGGGCCGUAGAGGAAUUGGACUUGGGCCGGCCCAUCUUUGUACUAUGCUAGAUAUUUCCCUGCGCAAAAUAUCUAAAACAUUCCAAGUAUCAAAAAGUCCCGAAAAAGUGUAAAAAAGCGUAAGAUACAAC